ACCCUCCCCCUCCGCCGCGCUGAGCUGCUUGACCCAGAGGGACAGACGGACACGAAGGACCCGGGUGUGCGAUGGCCGCGCCUGAGCCCUGCGAGGGCCUGGCGGUCUGGAACGAGACGGAGCCCCAGCCGGCCGCCGGCGGCUUCCUGAGCCUGUGUUCCCUGAGGACGGUGGGCGUCUGGCUGCCUCCGCUGUACCUCUGGGUCCUGGGGCCCCUGCAGCUCCUCUACAUCCACCGUCAUGACAAGGGCUACCUCCGCAUGUCCACGCUCUUCAAGGCCAAAAUGGUGCUCGGCUUCGCCCUCAUCCUCCUGUGCAUCUGCAGCGUGUCUGUGGCCCUUUGGAGAAUCCAGCAGGGCUCGCCCCAAGCCCCCGAAUUCCUCAUCCAGCCCACGGUGUGGCUCACCGCCAUGAACUUAGCCGUGUACCUGAUCCACGCAGAGAGGAAGAAGGGGGUCCAGGCAUCCGGGGUGCUCUUCGGGUUCUGGCUGCUGUGCUCCCUCUUUCCAGCCGUCAGCAUCGCCCAGAGGGGCUUCCAGGGGGACGUCUCCCGCCAUCUGGCCACUUACCUGUGCUUGUUCCUGGUGGUGGCGCAGUUCAUGCUGUCCUGCCUCGCCGACCAAGCCCCCUUCUUCCCUAAGGAGCCCCCACAGCCUAAUCCCUGUCCGGAAGAGGGCGCCUCCUUCCCCUCCAAGGUCACCUUCUGGUGGGUCUUUGGGCUGAUCUGGAAGGGCUCCCGGAGGCUGCUGGGCCCCGACGACCUCUGGCUCCUCGCCCGGGAGAACGAGCCCGAGAAGCUGACCGCCCAGCUGCAGAGGGAGUGGACGCGGAACUGCAGCGCUGCCCGGCGGCAUGCCGAGGCCACAGUGUUUAAAAGGAGAGGCCCUGACGAGGACGAUGGCGGGGAGGCGGCCGAGACGGAGGCCUUCCUGCAGGAGGAGGCCAGUAAGCGGGGCCUGCUGCUGAGGGCCAUCUGGCGGAGGUUCUGGCCCACCUUCAUCCUGGCCAUGGCCCUCCUGAUCAUCGGCGACGUCUUCAGGUUCGCCGUCCCCAAGCUCCUCAGCCUCUUCCUGGCGUUCAUGGGCGACGCCGCGGCCCCGGCCUGGCAGGGCUACGUGCUGGCGGCGCUGCUGUUCGCCUGCUCGUGCCUGCUCUCGCUGCUGGAGCAGCACUCCAUCUACAGGUGCAAGGUGCUGCAGAUGAGGCUGCGCACGGCCCUCUCGGGCCUGGUGUACCGGAAGCUCCUGGCCCUGUCCAGCGGCUCCCAGAAGGCCAGCCCGGUGGGGGCCGUGGUGAACCUGGUGUCCGUGGACGCGCAGCGCGUGGCCGACUGCGUCCUCUACCUCAACGGGCCCUGGAUCAUGGUCAUCUGGCUCCUCAUCUGCUUCGCCUACCUCUGGCAGCUCCUGGGCCCAUCCGCGCUCACGGCCAUGGGCGUCUUCCUGGGCCUGAUGCCGCUGAACUUCCUCAUCACCAGGAAAAAGAACCAGUACCAGAAGGAGCAGAUGAGCGAGAAGGACGCGCGGGCGCGGCUGACCAGCGCCAUGCUCCGCAGCAUGCGCAUGGUCAAGUGCCACGGCUGGGAGGGCACCUUCCUGGAGCGGGUCCUGCCCGUGCGGGCCCGGGAGCUGGCCGCGCUCAGGGCCUCCGGCCUCCUCUUCUCCGUGUCCCUCGUGUCCUUCCAAGUGUCCACGUUCCUGGUGGCGCUGGUGAUGUUCACAGUGCACACCCUGGUGACGGAGGACAGCGCCAUGGACGCCGAGAAGGCCUUCGUGACCCUCACCACGCUCUCGCUCCUCACCAAGGCGCUGGGCUACCUGCCCAUGUGCAUCAACUCCGCCGUCCAGGCCUGGGUGUCCCUGGGCCGGCUGGCCGACUUCCUCAGCCUGGAGGAGGUCAGCCCCGAGGCAGUGGAGUCCACUCCCUCCAGAUGCCCGGCCGGGGAGACGUGCGUCAGAGUGGAGGAGGGCACCUUCUCCUGGGCGCGGGACAGCCCGCCCUGCCUGCACAGGAUCAGCCUCGCGGUGCCCCAGGGCUGUCUGCUGGCCGUCGUGGGCCCCGUGGGCGCGGGGAAGUCGUCCCUGCUGUCCGCCCUGCUGGGGGAGCUCUUCAAGGUGGAGGGGGCCGUACGCGUCAGGGGGCCCGUGGCUCUCGUGCCGCAGGAGGCCUGGGUCCAGAACGCGUCUGUGCUGGACAACGUGCUCUUUUGCCGGGAGCUGGACCAGCCGUGGCUGGAGCGAGUCCUGGACGCCUGCGCCCUGGGCCCAGAUGUGCGCGGUUUCCCCAGAGGGGUCCACACGCAGCUCGGGGAGCAGGGCAUGAGCCUGUCGGGCGGGCAGAGGCAGCGGCUGAGCCUGGCGCGGGCCGUGUACAGGAAGGCGGCCGUGUACCUGCUGGAUGACCCUCUGUCCGCGCUGGACGCCCGCGUCAGCCAGCACGUCUUCAGCCGGGUCAUCGGGCCCGGCGGGCUGCUCCAGGGGACGACGCGGAUCCUGGUGACGCACGCGCUCCAUGUCCUCCCGCACGCCGACUGGGUCGUGGUGUUGGAGGACGGAGCCAUCGCCGAGAUGGGCCCCUACCGGGAGCUUCUGCAGAGGAGGGGCCCCCUGGUGGGCCUCCUGGACCGAGCCCGGCGGCCCGGAGAGAAGGGGGAGGCAGAGACGGACCCUGGCGCUGACGUGGCGGGCACCGGAGGCCCCUCUGGCGGCAGGAGCCCCGAGGGGGAGGCGGAGGGGUCCACGCAGUGCGUGCCCGAGAAGGACAGCCCCCCUCCAGAGAGCGGGGCCAGAGUGACCCUGGAUGGCCCCGAGGCGGCGGGCGGACCAGGAGGGGUCGGCGUUUGGUAUGGCAGGGUGAAGGCGGCCGUGUACCUGAGCUACGCGCGUGCCGUGGGCGCCCCGCUGUGCCUCUACGUGCUCUUCCUCUACUUCUGCCAGCAAGUGGCCUCCUUCUGCCUCGGCUACUGGCUCAGCCUCUGGGCGGACGACCCCAUCGUGGCCGGGCGCCAGCCGCAGGCCGCACUGCGGGGCUGGGUCUUCGGGCUCCUGGGCUGUCUCCAAGCGGUCGGGCUGUUCGCCUCCAUGGCCAUGGUGCUCGUGGGCGGCGUGCGGGCGUCCAGCCUGCUCUUCCGGCGGCUCCUCUGGGACGUGGCCCGCUCUCCGGUCGGCUUCUUCGAGCGGACGCCCAUCGGGAACCUUCUGAACCGCUUCUCCAAGGAGACGGACACGGUGGACGUGGACAUCCCCGACAAGCUCCGCCUCCUGCUGAACUACGCCUUUGAGCUGCUGGAGGUCAUCCUGGUGGUGACGGUGGCCACGCCCCUGGCCAUCCUGGCCGUGCUCCCGCUGCUGGUCAUCUACGCCGCGUUCCAGAGCCUGUACGUGGCCAGCUCCUGCCAGCUGCGCCGCCUGGAGUCCGACCGGCACUCGGCCGUGUGCUCCCACCUGGCCGAGUCCUUCCAGGGCGGCACCGUGCUCCGGGCGUUCCGUGAGCAGAGGGCCUUCGUGGCACAGAACGACGCCCGCCUGGACGAGAGCCAGAGGGUCAGUUUCCUGAAGCUGGUGGCUGACAGGUGGCUCGCCACCAACCUGGAGCUGCUGGGCAACGGGCUGGUGCUCGUGGCUGCCACCUGCGCCGUGCUGGCCAGGGCCCGACUCAGCGCCGGCCUGGUCGGCUUCUCCAUCUCCGCCUCCCUCAAGGUGACGCAGACCCUGCAGUGGGCCGUCCGCAGCUGGACCGAGCUGGAGAGCAACAUCGUCUCUGUGGAGCGGAUGAAGGACUACGCGCACACGCCCAAGGAGGCACCCUGGAGGCUGUCGACCAGGGCCACCCAGCACCCCUGGCCUCUCGGGGGGCAGAUCGAGUUCCGGAACUUCGGACUGAGAUAUGGCCCCGGGCUCCCGCUGGCUGUGCAGGGCGUGUCCAUCCAGAUCCAGGCGGGGGAGAAGGUGGGCAUCGUCGGCAGGACGGGGGCCGGGAAGUCCUCGCUGGUGGGGGGCCUGCUGCGCUUCCUGGAGGCGGCGGAGGGCGGAGUGUGGAUCGACGGGGUCCCCAUCGCCCACGUGGGGCUGCACACGCUGCGGUCCCGGAUCACCAUCAUCCCCCAGGACCCCAUCCUGUUCCCCGGCUCCCUGCGGAUGAACCUGGACAUGCGGCAGGAGCACUCGGACGAGGCCAUCUGGGCGGCGCUGGACACGGUGCAGCUCCGUGGCCUGGUGGCCAGCCUGCCCGGCCAGCUCCUGUACGAGUGCGCGGACCAGGGCAGCGACCUGAGCGUGGGCCAGAAGCAGCUGGUGUGCCUGGCGCGCGCCCUCCUGCGCAAGACCCAGAUCCUCAUCCUGGACGAGGCCACGGCCCACGUGGACCUGGGCACCGAGAGCCAGAUCCAGGAGGCCCUCGGGGGCUGGUUUGCCCAGUGCACGGUGCUGGUCAUCGCCCACCGCCUGCGCUCCGUCAUGGGCUGCAGCAGGGUGCUGGUGAUGGACAACGGCCGCGUGGCAGAGAGUGGCAGCCCGGCCCAGCUGCUGGCCCAGGGCGGCCUGUUCUACAAACUGGCCCGGGAGUCCGGCCUGGUCUGACCCCCCCCACGGGGUGCACGGGGAGAAAGUGUGUCCUGGACGUCUGGGGGGCGGGGGGGGGGUCCCCACCACCCGCUCUGACCGUGGGGGGAGGAAAAGCCUUCCUGGCCUGGGGCUGAGCCCGGACCGGGGGGGGGGGGGGCGCCGGAGAGGCCAGGAGAGCCGGCAGGGCAGCGGGAUUGGACAGCAGGCAGCCCGUCCCUGGGGUCACCUGCCCGAGGCAGGCGGUCUGAGAGA